CUUCGGAUUUACCAGUAUUUCAAAUAUCUUCAAUUCCUCCUGUUGGAUUCAGCGCAUAAUUGAACAAAUUUUAGUAUCCAAUCGUAUGAUUGCAUAUUUGAGCCCGCGAUCUCUUGUUUAUCUCUAAAGACCCGGUAAUUGUAAGUUCUACUUUGUUUGAUUCGAAAAUAUUUUCGUAAAGUUGUGGUCCUGUUGCGACAAAUUAUGUUUAAAACGUUGUAAUAAUGGUCGAGGAAAAAUGAAGUCCUUCAUAAUGAUUACAGAGAUGAUAAGUGAACCAGGGUCGACAAUGUAAUUGAAUUUGGUCAUCAUCUGGCUGAAUCUUUCUUGGACGCCAUCGAUUUGACUUAAAAAAUCAAAAAGCUGUAAUUGUAUGGAUCCUAUGUUUAGAUAACGUGAUUGCUUUGUCACUUAAGUCUUAAAUGCAUUAUUCUGUUAAAUCGACGUCGUAAAGCGUGAAAGAUGUCAGUGUCUUCAGCUAGUUCUGAUGCCGGGUCGACACAUAGCAGUCGAGGCUGCAUUUGCCCAGUUAACGAAGAAAGGAAAGAUUUUGACACUUUUCCGUUACUUUUUACACAUUUGAAACGAAGUGUAGACAACAAUCUUGCUUACUUCGGUAAGUACACUCAUAAAUCCGUGUACAAGAGGUUUUAUGACGCGUUUGAAAGAGUUCUGGAGACGAUGGAACCGCUCGAAGAGAUGGCUGUUUACAUUGCACAAAGAGUAACUAUGUUUGACUAUAGUCCUCAAGCUAAAGGAAACGGCUACAGGAGCUUGUUACGUCUACUGCAACACUGUAUUCGAGCAAUAACUGAGCUUACGUAUUACUGUCAAAGACAUCGCGAUCGAUUUUACUUUAGAUCACAUCACUACUGCCUUGAAAUUGAAGCCCAUGCAGACCUUUUCACUAGAACCAAGGAUUUGCUGAACUAUGCGAUAACAUGUAUGAAUGAAAGUAAGGAGGGAGAACUAUUUCCUGAGGCUAUCGAUUCUAGAGUCAUGAUAGAAGCAGAGAUGAUGGAUAGAGAGUGUUUUUAUGGAAGAACGCUUGGUUUUCAGUAUCGACAGGGAUUACGCCAAUUUCUGAUGACGGUUUGUGUUGCUAUGGCAUCCUUUGCUGAGGGUUAUCAUCGUCACAAGUCCAGCCCUUUUGCAUGCAUGACUACAUCUGUACUGCAUAGUGGAAAAUACACAGUCAAUCCUGAGUUGAGGGCAAAAAUGAUAGUUAAAUUAACACAGAAAACUAACAUGGAAUUCUGUAAAGCAUUUUGGAGUUUAACAGAAGGCUUUGGGCUUCAGCAUUUUCCAUUGUUUGUUUGCCCUGCACUGAAAGUCAACACUCUGUUCCACAUACCUGCUGAAGCAAUAGAAAUUAUAACAGAGAAAGGAGAGGUUGUCCACGUAGCACCACCAUGUUCCUGGUCUGGACUUGCACCAGUACAAGUUAGAUUAAUGUCAUAUGAAUGGAGAGAAGGGCAGAUAAAAGAAGGAGGCGGGCACCACAACAGCUCAAAGGUCAAACCCAAGUCAAAAGGUUUGAUUUUUCACAUUCAUGGUGGAGGUUUUGUGUCGCAAUCAUCCAAAUCUCAUGAGAUGUAUUUGCGUGUUUGGGCCCGAGAGAUGAAUGUUCCUAUAAUAUCAGUGGACUACUCCCUUGCCCCUGAAGCUCCUUUCCCACGGGCGUUGGAGGAGUGCUUCUUUGCAUAUGCCUGGGCUGUGAAGAAUGCUGAUAAGCUGGGAACCACAGCUCAGUACCUUUGCGUAGCAGGAGAUUCAGCAGGUGGAAAUCUUAGCGUUGCUGUAUGUAUGCGAGCAGCCGAAUAUGGAAUCCGCAGGCCAGAUUCUUUGCUGACCGCAUACUCGCCUUUUAAUGUCCAGUAUGUACCAUCACCAUCGAGACUGCUCAGCCUUCUCGACCCACUCCUUCCGACCGGUAUUCUGUCUGCGUGUCUCGGGGCCUACGCAGGUCUCGGAAAGUCUCCUUUUGAAGAAUGCAUGAAAACACCAGCAAACUCUCGCCUGAUCAACAAAUCGUCUUCUAUGCCAGUUGAUAUCAACAAAACCCGACCCAAUUCCUUCCUAGAGAAAUUCAAGCGUGUUAGCAAGUCCCCAAGGUCAUGUGAUGCAAGUCCUGUUAAGGAGGAAGAACUGAGCUUUGACAGUUUUCAUAGUUGCCCCAGCUCACCGUUACACUCCGCGAACUCAUCUCUGAAAAACCAUGUACAAUCGUGUGUCAACCACCAUCAUGAGAACUCUGGUGAAUAUAUGGAUGCUUUUCAUUCUAGCGGGCAAAAUAAGGCAUACGUAAUCAAUGGGCGUUCCCCAGAAUGCCGAGGUGCUGGCUGUAGAAAAGUGGAAUCUUCUUCGCAGGAAUUUCAUUCAUCAAACGAAAAUCACGAUUUUAACAUUAAUAUGAAGAGUGAAAACAAACAUGCAGAUUUGAACUGUGUCGAUGGACACCACGCAAGCCUUCAUAUGGAAAGCAAUCGUCUAUUAAAGCUUAACUUAGARGACAACAAAGAAGUCUACGUCUCGCAAAAAAUUUACGAUCCCUUGGGAGACGAGUAUGGACACACCGAAGUCCAGUACACUCGCGGUAGUGAAGAGUGUCACGUGGUAAAUGUCGUAGAUCCAAAUCAGUCUCCUUGCGGUGAUACCAUAAUCCUCCCUGUUGAAGAYUCAUUCACUCCUAUUGGGACUCCACCAAUCGAGGAAGUUGAGCACUUAGCGGUCAACCAUGUUGUCAAGUCACGGUCUAUGUCAGAAGUGUCCCUACCUAUUGCUAAGAAUCCGUAUAUGUCACCACUGGUUGCUCCUGACGAAAUGCUGGCAACUCUUCCUCCUAUUGAUAUUGUGGCGUGCUCGCUGGAUCCAUUACUAGACGAUUCUAUUGAAUUUGCCCGUCGACUGAGGGCCCUAGGUAAAGAAGUCGAAGUCUACAUCCUUGAAGAUCUACCGCAUGGUUUUCUCAACUUUAAUCUUAUCUGCCAAGAAGCAAAGGAAGGAUGUGACUUAUGUAUUGCUUGUAUGAAAAGAACGCUUCUGGGUAAACGGAAUCGCCAUAACAACGACAAAGCGCCAGUGUAUUAACAAUUUUAGCGCCUUUACAUCAAUUAUAACAAAUAAAUUAAUUAGCGAUGAGUAUGAAAUGUAAUGUAAUGAUUAAUUGAUAUGCCAUGCUGGUUAUCAUGGUAUUUUUCAUGAACGUUUAUACAAAAUUCUAUCAAAUUGCAAUAAUUCUAGGAAAACUUUUAACGAAUAUAUUUAUGAUAGUGAAUUUUUAUGAUAUUAAAGGACGAUGUCCAACCGGCAUGCRCCGAGGUCUUGACUCGAUUUAUUCACAUACAGUAAGCCAGUCUAUAGUCAAAUAUUUGUUAAAAUUCUGUAUUUGCAUCCGUCGGUUUUAAGUGAUAUCUUGAUACUUGAACAAUUCGUUGGGGCGCGUAGACAGGAACGGUUGGCAAUGGUCAUUUAAUUCUUAACAUCAGUAAAGAUAAACCUACUAAUUAUUUCAAUCUUAUAUAUUUUUGAAAUAUUACGUUUUUUAAGGUUUUUGAUAGAAUUUAAAAGCCCUAAUACUUAUUACUUGUAGAAUUAUGAAAAUUGAGUGCCUUAUCAAUUAAAUCAGGCAGGCCCGUAGGCUGCCUUAUAAAACUUA